AGGGGUGCGGCCAUUUUGUGUCCCGCUCGGCGGGGCGUCGCGGUCGCCCGGUAAAAGAGGCGGGCCCCAGGCGCCCUCUUUGCCCCCAAGCUCGGUGCUGCGGAGUGGGGAGGGCCACUAUGGGCCGAGCCCGGGCUCCGCGAUUAUGAAAUUCAUGUUCAGUGUUUUCUCAAGGAGGUCUGAAGCAGAAGUGAGUCCUCACGAGAAUUUUUUUUCGAUCACCUAUGAAGCUCCUGAUUUUAAAGUUGCACUUCUGCAAUGAAGAAGAGGAGACGGCUCGCUGCAAAUCUAAACGAAAAGGUUCAUCUUGGCCAUGAGAAAGAUACUUCAGAUCAGAUUCUUGUAGUAGACUGUGCUCAAGAAAUUGUUGCAAAGUCUGCAGAAAUAGCCCCUGCAGAUCAGCUCGAAUCUUCCCAAGAAUUUUCACCAUCAUCGGAACAAAGGAAGUUACUGAGCUCCUUACAGUAUAACAAAAAUCUACUUAAAUAUCUGAAUGAUGAUAGACAGAAGCGUCCAUCAUUUUGUGAUUUGCUCAUCAUUGUAGAAGGAAAAGAAUUUAGUGCUCACAAAGUUGUAGUAGCUGUUGGGAGUAGUUAUUUUCAUGCCUGUUUGAGCAAAAAUCCAAGCACCGAUGUUGUCACACUAGAUCAUGUAACUCAUUCUGUCUUUCAGCACUUGCUUGAGUUUCUGUACACCUCUGAGUUCUUUGUGUAUAAAAAUGAAAUUCCACUGGUGCUGGAAGCAGCAAAGUUUUUGGAUAUUAUAGAUGCAGUGAAGUUACUAAAUAAUGAAAGUGUUUCUAGCGUACAGUCUGAUGUGGUAACUGAUGUACCACCAGUAGAAACACUCAAUGAACUGACUGGUAAACUGUUAAAUAGUCAUCAGUGCACUUUUUGUGGUCGAAAUUUCUGUUACAAGAAGUCCUUAGAAAAUCAUUUGGCUAGAGCCCACAGAUCCCUUUCGCUGGAAAGAAAACAUGGGUUAAAAAUGGUUGAGAAAGCAGGCUUUUCUACUAGGCGAUCUACGAGAAACCGCAAAUGUCCAGCUAAAUUUGAUAACAGUGACAGCGAAAGUGGUGAUGCAUCUGACAGCAAUUUGGAAAAAGUUAGUUCUGACAAGGAAACAUCUGAUAGAAGUGAAUUUGAAGACAGUGGAAGUGAAAGCAAUGUUGAUGAAGAAGGACAGGAGGAAGAAAUGUCAGGUGAAGAUUCAGACACUGAAGAGCAAAGUGAAAAGGAACAUGAUACUGAAGAGGGUUCUGAGACAGUUGAUUCAGUGGGAAAUAUUCCUGAAGGCUUAGCUCCAGUUGUCAUUCAGAGCGGUAGCAAAAAACUACUGCAGUGUCCCAAGUGUGACAAAAAAUUUGAUCGAAUAGGCAAAUAUGAGAGCCAUACACGUGUACACACGGGUGAGAAGCCUUUUGAAUGUGAUAUAUGUCACCAGCGCUACUCAACAAAGUCCAACCUGACAGUGCACAGAAAGAAACACUCUAGUGAUACGGACUUCCAUAAAAAGGAACACAAAUGUCCUUACUGCAAUAAGCUGCAUGCAAGCAAGAAGACAUUAGCAAAACACGUAAAGAGAUUUCAUCCAGAGAAUGUACAAGAAUUUCUUUCUAUUAAAAAGACAAAGAGUGAAGGUUGGAAAUGUGAUAUUUGUAAGAAGUCCUUCACUCGCAGACCUCAUUUAGAAGAGCAUAUGAUCCUUCAUUCUCAGGAUAAACCCUUUAAGUGUACCUACUGUGAAGAGCACUUUAAAUCCCGCUUUGCAAGACUGAAACAUCAAGAAAAAUUCCAUCUCGGGCCUUUUCCCUGUGACAUUUGUGGCCGUCAAUUUAAUGAUACAGGAAAUCUGAAACGCCAUAUAGAAUGUACUCAUGGAGGAAAGAGAAAAUGGACGUGUUUCAUCUGUGGAAAGUCUGUUAGGGAACGAACAACUUUGAAAGAACAUCUGAGAAUUCAUAGUGGAGAGAAGCCUCAUCUCUGCAGUAUUUGUGGGCAGAGUUUUCGUCAUGGAAGCUCUUACAGACUUCAUCUAAGAGUCCACCAUGAUGACAAGAGAUAUGAAUGUGAAGAAUGUGGGAAAACGUUUAUUCGGCAUGACCAUCUGACAAAACACAAAAAAAUACACUCAGGUGAAAAAGCACAUCAGUGUGAAGAAUGCGGAAAAUGUUUUGGCCGUAGAGAUCACCUCACUGUUCACUAUAAAAGUGUUCAUCUAGGAGAAAAAGUUUGGCAGAAAUAUAAAGCAACAUUUCACCAGUGUGAAGUCUGUAAGAAAGUUUUUAAAGGGAAAUCGAGUUUGGAAAUGCAUUUUAGGACACAUUCAGGUGAGAAACCAUACAAGUGUCAAAUCUGUAAUCAGUCUUUUAGAAUUAAGAAGACAUUAACAAAACACAUGGUUAUUCAUUCAGAUGCUCGACCUUUUAAUUGCCAACACUGCAAUGCAACGUUUAAACGAAAAGACAAGCUGAAAUAUCAUAUUGAUCAUGUUCAUGGAACAAAGGCUGCAGAAGAGGCAUUGACAUCUUCUUCAGAGGAAAAGCUAGUCUCCUUACCAGUACAAUACACCUCUGAUGACAAAGUUUAUCAAACUGAGGCUAAACAGUAUGUGGAACAGUCCAAAACAUAUCAGUCGGAAGCCAAAACUUUGUUACAGAAUGUACCUACGGAAGUAUGUGUGCCAGUGACUCUGGUACCAGUUCAGAUGUCUGAUCCUCAAGCUGACCUAGUACAGCAUACGACUCAUUCACAUGGCAUUCUUCCUCCGCAGCCUGAGCAGGCAGAUUAUCAACGAGCAGCAGAUCUGUCAUUUCUAGAGAAAUAUACUCUUACUCCACAACCUGCAAAUAUUGUUCAUCCUGUAAGGCCUGAGCAAAUGUUGGAUCCUAGAGACCAGUCAUAUCUUGGAACUUUACUGGGGCUGGAUACAGCUCCUACUGUACAGAAUAUUUCAAAUAAUGAACAUUCAUGAUCAGAGCAUAACAUUCCACCUAAUUUACUGAGCCAUUAGCCAACAGAAGGCUGAUAUGGCAAUUAAGAUUUCUAUUUUAUAUUUUAUUUGGACUCAUGAGUCUUCUGCAUAGUUUUUGGAAAAACAGGUUUGUUUACAUAAUAUUUGAACAUUUAGGCACACUGAUGCAUACUGAGAGAGUGUUUCUUGUGAUUUUAAGAGUUUAUAAAAAUCUUAUAGAUGGUCUUUUAGAAAUUAUGCUCUGAAAUAUCUUUUAAGGAUGGUUGCUGAAAAAAUAUAGUUACUUAUCUGACUAUUAAUUUAAAAAAUCGUUUGCCUUUUUGUAUCUCACGAUGAGUUAAUAUUACAUGUGUAAUAGAAAUCAUACUGGAAGAAUAAGGACUAUAUCAGAUUCAUUAGAAGCGGUAAGGGUAGGCAGGGGUGCAAAACACAAACUUCAAAUUAUGCUUCACAUAUGAAUUAAGAUUGAACCCUCAGGCAUUUUUGGAGGGUUUUCAAAUCUCUGGUUUUAAAGAUUCUGGAGCCACGUUAGUGGAUAUGGGAAUGAGAUAAUUCUGAAAAGCAAUUCAGUUAUUCCAUUAACACACAAAAGGGGGAACUGUAGAGAACUCCCUAAGAAUAAUUAGGCUACCUAAAUAAGGCAUCUUACUUCUUUCUUGGUCUUUAAUACUGAAUUAUGUGGGAAGAUGUAGACAAUGCUAUUGUCUAAUUUUCUACAGUUAGUCCUAUAUAAUUGUAGUAUGCAUUUUUUUCUUGCUUUUUUAUACAUAUUUGUCUUCUAAAGUGUGCCCCACACUCUAACUCUGAAAGAAAUGUUACAUAACCUAUGAUCAGUCAUAAAUAAUUGGCAUGGUUUAUCCUUGUUAGAGCAUAAAUUGUACUAGUGUCCCCCAAUAGUAUGCUUGUUUUCAAGCUGUCUGUGAUGAAGAAUAAAUUUAAAGGCAAUUAUUUCUAGAACAGCACUCAACCUUUAUUUAAAAAAGAAAUAAUCAGUAAUUAUAAAUCUCUUGUGAGUUGCUAACAAAAUUGAUUUUUCACUUGUACUGUUUAUAAACCGAAGUCAAGCUCUUGAGUGUUCUACGUCUUUAGUUAUUUUUAUUUACUAGAAAUAAGGUUCAAAAAUCCAUUUUGAACUACAAGUCUAGUGUAACUUACCAUGAAAUAUAAUUUAAGCUCAUCAGGCUAUUUUAAAUCUAAUUUAAAAAUUACACUUCUAUGUUUGUUUUGUGAAGAUCAUGCCAAAGAAGGUAUCUGAAGUCAUUUUAUAAUCUUUAUUAUUCCUCACAAGAAUUACAUUCUAAGACAAAAUUUUCUCCAUUUUCCCUAGAAAUCUGCUAUUCUUAAAUUAUUAUUUUAAAGUAACUUUAAAAUGGGAAACUGGAUGUAUGUAUAUUAUUGUAACUAUUGAAUUUAUCCACUGACCUGAACGCCACUGAUCUGUCAUGAAAAGCUCUUUUAUCAUCCCAGUUCUGUAAACUCUAAAUAACACUGAACGUGUUAAAUACUAUUCAAAUACUUUGUUGUUAGAUUCUUUUAAUCCUCAUCUACUUCACUGUUCAGUGGUUUGCAGGAGAGGGGCCAGAACUGUCCCAAUGUUCAUACUUUGAAGCUUGUGCCCUAUUGGAUUCUUGACACACCAAAGAUUUCUGUUAGCUGUUAAAUAGUGGCAGAGUUGUAGAAUUUUAAGUGUUACCGAUAUUUAAAUAGGACUUAGCCAAAGAAGCACAUAGAAGUCCUAAACUUUAAAAGUUCAGUUUCUGAAACAGGACUGCAUAUGUUUAACUGUUCUAUGUUUGUAUCUAUAAAGUAAAAUUUAGAGCUGUGCUUUGGGAAUGUUCAGACUGACAUGCUGUAAAUACGUCUGGUAAGAAGCUGAAUACUAGCAAUUACACAGCAAUAAUGAGGCCUUUGAAUGCCACCUUCCAAAAGGACACUAUCAAGUACUAUCCUUCCUGCUUUCGAACUCCACCUUUAUCUCAUUUCAAAAAUAAAACCGUUUCUGUCAUCUUUACACUCCAUGGCUUGAAAAUUGCUGUUUUAUGUGUAGUUUUCAAGUUAACAUGUAUGUAUCAUAUCCAUAUUACCAUGAGGACGUGAAACAUGAUUUCCAACAUCUGUAACAGUACAAUUAAAAAUAAACUCAUCAGUGGGGUCAGUGCAGUUCUCAGACUACAAAGCCUAACCCUUUGUUAUUUCUUGUCUUUUCUGUCCUACAAUAGAAGUAAGUAUUGUAGGAUUUUGAUAAAACAGUGGCUUAAGUAGUUGAUAACUACUUUUUCUUGUAAGGUCUAGUCCUUUUGCUAGGCAGUCUAGUAAAAUACUAAAACAGAAUUCAGAGCACAUUUACUUGAUAAUGUCCUUUUUAAAAUUCUUUCAUGACUGUGCCUUUUAUGUGUAUUCUGAAUAGUGGCUUUGUGUCUAGUUCAGUUCAUUAUUCAGAAAGAGUUAAGGUCAGUAUCUUCCAGAGGACUUCAUGUUUUUGGGUGCCCAACAAGAAAUAGACUUUAAAAGGACUUGUUUUUCAGAAGAAAAAAAAAAGAGCUCUAAUCUUUGCUGUUUGGGUGACCAGAAUUACUAGUCAUUCCUGAAAAAAAUUACCUACUAUUUCUUUGGUGAUCUUUUAUUUGCAGAUGGCAGAUUCAUGUUUUUACCUGCUGGUCAGGCUGGAUCAUUGCCAGUUGACAAUGAAAGAAAAUAGGAAAGCUUAUGUACUAGAUACAUAGUUGGUUUUUUUUGUCUGUUUUUUGUUUUAAUAUCACAAGCCAUAAUUUAUGGCUUUGCAUCUAUUUAAAUUCAUAUAUGAGCUAAGCACAUUUUCAUGGACUGGUACUUCAUUUGGUAGGUGGAAGUAGCUAAUCUCUGCUUGACGGAGGAUGGUUCCUUUUAGGUGUACUGGCGCUGAAGGACAGAUCUGAACCUCGCAGCUGCAUGGGUCAAAACUCCUUAGGUGUCUCGUACCUCCAUUUUAAUAUGUGUGUACUCAUUCAAUAGUGCAUGUCCUGUUAACCUGGGGGGCAUUUUUACAAUAAAGGCUGUGUUGUUUUUGGCAGUAAUUGACUCAGCUGGCUGUUUUUUGCCAAAGAGGGGAAGAAGCAGGUGUCUCUCAAAAUGUCUCUAAAGAUUGAUCAGUGGCACAUUGUAAAAUGUUGGUCUUUUCCACAUGCUGACCUUUGAGGAGAGGCAUAGAAAGUCCGUGUUGGUACUGUAAACUGCUGCGUAGUUCUGAGAACUUCCUGCACUCAUUCUGUAAACAUUGAAUUCCUUGGAUUUUGCUAAACAAUUUUAGUAAUUUCUCGUUGUUGACUGGAUUACUGCCCUUAUUUCUUUAAAUGGAUUUUAUAUUCAGUUUUAUUUAUUUAUACUGGAAUUUCCUCCUUGAGCACUGACACUUUUCUACAGAGGUAUGGCUGUAAUGGAUUCUUUUUAUUCUGAACAUCAGUAAUUAUAAUGGUGAUGAUACACCUUUUGUAAGGUUGGGGUUUCCUUAAAACAUAUAGUGUUACUUUAGCCUGAAUUGUAAUUUGGGUAAUUAUUUUUGAAGAUGGGUCAGGUCAAAACACAAUGACAGAGGAUUUAUUUGCUGUCAACAAAGUGCUAAGCUCAUUUUCAUAGUAACAGAUGUGAAAGUAUUCAGAAUACUGAAGAAUGCUUCAAAGGAGUCACAUUGUGUAACAUGCUUGAUCAAAUGUUGAAUGUUGUUGAGUGAUAAGGAAUAAAUGACCCUUAAGUUUGUUUAAAAAAUAAGAAUAAUAAUUUCUUUGUAAAAACUCAUGGAAAGAAAUAUUACAAUUCUGAGAAGGAUGUUGCAGAUGAAUGAUUUUUUUUUCCCCUUAACCAAAAAGAUGUGUUUUUUUUCUCUUUUUCUGUACUGAGCAUACAUGCUUACUAGAUUCCAGGCUGCAUGUUCUUCAUAUGACUUAAGGGAAGUCAUUUUUUUUUUCCCGUAUCAUCUCCCAAUGAUAUGCAUUGAAGAAGAAUACUUGCAGAAUAUAGUGCAGGGCAGUCACAGUGUUUAAGCCCAUAAGGAUCUUUUUCAUAGUUUGUAAGAAAUGUUUUGGCUUAAAACGAUUUGAAGCAUUAAAGAUGGUAAUAAUAGCAUAUUUUUUUGAAUCCUCCAUUACCAUUUUGGUCAUGUUUAAAUGUCGGUCGUUUUUUAUGAAACAAUAAGGUGAAAUAAACUCCAUAUUUUGUCACUGGUAUAUGAAAUACUGUGUUUUAAAUGUGGUCUGUGUAGGUUGAUAUUUUAGGUGGAAGACUUUAAGUACAGUCGUCUUUUUAGGAGAAAUUCUUUGCUGUAAGGAAAAGUUAGGAAGUGUACUGUAAACGUAGAAGUACUCAGUCCAACGUGUAAUUCUGUUUGUUCUGGAGAAAGUGAAGUUCUUUUGUCUUAGCACUGCUUGCUUCACAGGAGUUCUCGCAGUGUUACUUGGUAUAAGUUUUGAUUUCUGCCUUUUUUCUUUGAACGGUGUGGAAACGCCAUGUCCUGUACAUCUUUCACUUUUAAAGCUCUUGAAAGAUAAACAGAUGAGGCAACUUG